GAUGUUGUUUUAAUAAAUAGAUAGAAGAUAGGUGUCUCCAUAAAUGGGCGUACAAGUGGUAUUUCGCCAUUAAAAAAACUUUGAAUCGAAGACAUUCAGAUAUUUAACGCUACCAUUGAAGAACCACCCACCUACUAAUCUUAAAAAUCAAAACAACAUUUUUUGUUAUUUUUCAAUCAUCAAUCUUUAUACACCAAACAAACCAUGUCUUCUUCUUCCUUCAAACUCAACAGUUUCCAUUUUUGUAUCAUCAUAUUCAUUUUACAUGUCUUUGCUGCAACACCCAUUUUGUCUGAUAAAUUCAACAAAUUUCUAGACAGUGCCAAGAGUCCUGAGGUUUUUGAUUGGAUGGUCGGUAUCAGAAGAAAGAUUCAUGAGAAUCCUGAACUGUGUUAUGAAGAAUUUGACACAAGUGAACGGAUAAGAUCAGAAUUGGAUAAAAUGGGUAUACCUUAUAAACAUCCAGUUGCAAUCACUGGUGUCAUUGGUUUCAUAGGAACUGGAUUGCCUCCUUUUGUUGCUUUAAGAGCUGAUAUGGAUGCUCUUCCUAUGCAGGAAAUGGUGGAGUGGGAGCAUAAGAGUAAAGUAGCUGGAAAAAUGCAUGCUUGUGGUCAUGAUGCUCAUGUUACAAUGCUACUUGGUGCUGCAAAGAUUCUCAAACACCAUGAAAAAGACAUACAAGGAACUAUUGUUCUUGUUUUCCAACCAGCAGAGGAAGGAGGUGGAGGGGCUAAGAAAAUCUUAGAUGCUGGUGCAUUAGAAAAUGUUACAGCUAUCUUUGGAUUGCAUAUUGCUCCUGAAUUACCAAUAGGUGAAGUGGCCUCUAGGUCUGGUCCAAUAAUGGCGGGAAGUGGCCGCUUUGAAGCAAAAAUAAGUGGAAAAGGAGGUCAUGCUGCUAUUCCUCAACAGGCUAUAGACCCAAUAUUGGCAGCUUCCAAUGUGAUUAUUAGCUUACAACACCUUGUUUCUCGCGAGGCUGAUCCUCUCGACUCCCAGGUUGUGACGAUUGCAAAGUUCCAAGGAGGUAGUGCUUUCAAUGUUAUUCCAGAUUAUGUCACAAUUGGUGGCACCUUCCGAGCCUUUUCUAAACAAAGCUUCAACCAACUGAGACAGCGGAUUGAGGAGGUUAUCGUUGGGCAAGCUGCCGUGCAUAGGUGCAAUGCAACUAUAGAUUUCCUUGAUGAAGUGAAACCUAGCUAUCCUCCAACCGUAAACAAUGGUGACUUGCAUGAGCAUUUUGUGAAUGUUGCAGUGAAUAUGCUUGGUAUCAAUAAAGUUAAUAGUGCUGUGACACCAUCCAUGGCAGCUGAAGAUUUUUCUUUCUAUCAAGAGGUCAUGCCUGGUUACUGGUUCUGGCUUGGUGUGAAGAAUGCUUCUCAUAAACGGUUGGAGUCAUUACAUUCACCUUAUCUCGAAAUCAAUGAAGAUGGACUCCCAUAUGGAGCUGCGCUUCAUGCAUCAUUAGCUUCUAGUUAUCUUCUAAAACAUCAGCAGGAUGUACUUGGUAUUGAGAGAAAAUAUCAUGAUGAAUUGUAAAUGUCAAUAAACACCUUAGAUUUCUCUCUUUUUUUGGAAUUGUUUUCUUCUUCUCUCUAGUUAAAUAGUUUCAAAUAAAAUUUGUCCAUCAAACUUGAUGCUCA